AUGUUUGUGCUGUCAUUCUAUUGAGUCCCACGCCCCCAUCCUUCCAUGUGAUUAUGCGGUUGUUGUAUACAUUUUUAAAUUUCAAACAAACAUUAGGAUAGUUAUAAUCGAUAAUAUGAGUGGUGCAAUUUAUGGUGGAGACGAAGUCGGUGCAUUGGUCUUAGAUAUUGGUCAUAAUACAGUCCGUGCUGGUUAUGGUGGUGAAGACAGCCCUAUAUUGGAUAUACCCAGUAACAUUGGUAUUUGGGCAGAUUCGCAAGAUGAUGUGGGUGAGCCCCGAUACAAAUACAACAUUGGCCUGACUGCCAUUCACGUUAAGCGACCAGGUAUGGAGUUGGUCCCAUUUUUAAAAGAGGGAAUGGUUGAUAAUUGGGAUAUGUUUGAGAAUUUAACAGACUAUAUUUAUAAACAUGCUCUGGGGGCUGUACCUUGCGACCAUCCCAUUUUAAUCUCUGAACCACCGUGGAUAACUCCACCGAAGCGUGAACAAAUGGCAGAACUAAUGUUUGAAAAAUACAAAGUGCCAGCACUAUACCUAGCAAAGAAUGCAGCACUGGCUGCAUUUGCUAAUGGACGACCUACAUGUCUAGUUGUCGACAGUGGUGCUACACACACUUCGGCAGUUCCUCUUCUCGACGGGAUUAUUCUCACGCACGCAGUUGUCAAAUCACCUGUCGGAGGUGACUAUAUUAGCAUGCAGUGUCGACAUUACUUGGAGGAGAAAAACAUUGACAUUAUUCCCCCAUAUAUGAUUUCGAGUAAAGAACUGACGAAACCGGACGAACCUGCGAGUUGGAAGAUUAAGACUUGCCUACCUAAAGUCACAGAGUCAUGGCAUAAUUAUAUGGUGAAGGAAGUGAUGCAAGAUUUUCAAGCUUCAGUUCUUCAAGUAUCUGAUAACUUGUACGACGAGGAGGUUGUGAAAAGUAUGCCCGCAAUACAUUACGAAUUUCCGCACGGUUUUCAUAAGGAUUUUGGCGUUGAGCGCUUCAAGAUUCCGGAACCGCUGUUCAAUCCGACCACGAGCGCUAAGGCUGGUAUUCAACCGAUUUUAGGUGUUGGUCCGUUAGUAACGACCAGUGUGGGAAUGUGCGAUAUUGAUAUUAGACCUGCCAUGUAUGGAAGUGUGGUCGUGACUGGAGGCAAUUCCAACAUUCAGGGUUUCAAUGAGAGGUUAAAUAGAGAUCUGGCCGCUAAAACACCACCUAGCAUGCGGUUAAAGGUGAUCAGUGCUGCAGGAGCAGUCGAACGAAAGUUUGGUGCAUGGAUAGGGGGAUCGAUAUUAAGCUCUCUUGGUUCCUUUCAGCAGUUGUGGGUAUCAAAGCAGGAGUAUGAUGAAGGAGGUAAAGCAAUAGUUCAGUCUAAAUGUCCGUAAUUUGGCGUCUGGUAUUUGAUUUGGGCGAGGGUAAAUUGCUUGAUAAGAAAACUUCGAAAUUUCAAUUACUCAUAUCUGUCCUAUUCUCAGAGCCAUUUUGUAUAUCAAUAUCUUCUAGUAUAAGAGAGUUUAUAUUCUGAUCGUUUGUGACUGACUCAAUAACAAUUAUUUAAGUUCCUUUUACAAUUAAUGUAGUUGGAAAAUUCGGCUUAACUCUAGUUUUCUAUUUUAAAUGUGUCAUAUAUGGUAAGGUAAUUCACCAUUGCUUCACAAAAAGUGAACAUUUUAGAUUGGAAGGUAUUUUUUAUAUAUCGAAUAGUGGUGCCUACGAAAACUAGGGUUAAUGGCUUCAUGUGUUCCGUAAAAAAUGUGGUGCAUAUUAUUUAUCUAACAUAGAACUAAAAGACUUAUUUUUUAAUGCAAUGUGUUAAACGCUAUGGACAUAAUUGUUUAAGACUGCAACUUAUCAACUAAGGCUCAAUACUACUUUAAGUAAAAAAAGUAUUAUUUUUGGUCUCGUUAAACGUAUUAUUUUAACUUGUGAGUGAAAUUUUGUGAUAUGUCUAGUUUUGACGUUAAAUUCCUAAACGUUAAGUUAAAUCUAAAUGUUCCUAUUAAUUAUUUUCAUUUCAGUUUACACAUUUAUAAAGUCUGAUUUUUUUUAUGGUAGGAUUAGUUAAAUUUAUUUAAUCUGUCGCUAAUUUUUAUUAAGACUGAAAUACGAAAGCACUUUAAAAAGGCAGCAGUUUGUAUUUUAUAUCUAAAUGAUGAGCAACUUGUAAAUUCUGUAAUUGUCAAUUGAUUUUGAGCAUGUCAUGUUUUAUUGUGAUUUGUAUUCAUUGUAACUUGAAAGUGCCAAAAUGUGCAAAUAUAUAGUUAACAUAA